CUCACGAAACAGAGGAAGAUCAGUUAUCUUGGAAAAUAAAAACUUUUCCAAACGAUCGAAUUGUUUUCGAAGAACUAUCGAUAAUCUAGGCAAUAGAACAAUGGAAAGAAAUCACCCAAAAGCCUCAUCUGAAAAAAAUGCUUCAACAAGGCCAUUAUCAGCAUGGGAAAAAAGACGGAUGUAUUCACAACAAAUGUAUCAGAAGAAUAAAUCUUGCAUUAAUCAGAACCAAAGAAACCCACUAGUUCUGAAGAAUAGUAAGUGUGCUUUUAUGACCAAGGAAUCUGAAUUUGAUCAUUCAACUGAUGAUAAGAAGAUAAAGAGAAAUUCUUCAAAACAUAAAAAAAAUGAAUCAUUUACUAUUUGUGAUAAAGCAGAUAUAAAUGAUAAGAAUGUACAUUUAGAUAUUAAUUUGCCUGAAGUUGCAGCAGCAGAGUUGUCAAGCCCUAAUCUAAGUACUCAAGGUGCAGAAAAUAAAGACACUGUGUACCUGACUAAUGAUAAUAUAAGCAGCUCUAAUUCCAAGAAACGACGCAGAACAUCUACUUUUGAAAAAAAUACAAUAUUAAUUAACUCUUCUGAAGAAUCAAAAGAUAAAGUGUUUCAACAUGAAUUGGCUUCAUCAUCAAAGAAGAGACAAAGACUUUCAACUUAUGAAAAGCAAAACCAAGAAUUGAAUGCUGAAAACUCUAAUAAAUACCAAAUAAAUGAGUUUUCCUGUAAAAGUUCUUUAACUUCAGUGAAAAGACGAAGAUCUUCCACAUAUGAUAAACAAACUAGUGAUAAAAGAGGAAAGAAAGAAAACAUUAACCACAAGGGUUCUGCUCAGUUAGAAACUAAAAAAAAAGCAGGAAUAAAGGCACAAAGGUGUAAUUCAAAAACACAACAUGUAAGAAUGACACCUCCUAAACCUGGUGGUGGUAAUGGAGCAUUAGUUGGAAUUUCUAGUAUCAAAAGAAAUUCAAAGCCAAAAAAUCAGGGAAUGCAUAUCCCUUCAGCAAACUGUACUAAGAUUGGUUCUGAUUUGAUCAAAGCAGAGACGGCUGUACAUCUAGGUUCUAGCAUGCAUAUCCCAUUGGAUCCAAUUCCUAAAAACCUACCUGUCAAGGAACGACUUAGGAUGUGGAAGGAAAGGAAACAGCAAAUUGAAGAAUACAACAAGCUUCAAAAUAUUCAAACUCAAAAGCUGAACAGACAAAGCACAAUUCCAGCUUCAACAAAACCUCAGAAAGUUCCAAAUUUCCAGAAAUGUGCUGCAGUUGCACCUAGAGGCCUUUCAAAACAUACAAGAAAUCAGAACAACCCAGUAACAGUUAGAAAAUCAAAUUCUUUGAAAUCAUCUAAAAUGCUUGUAGCUCCAGCAAAAAAUAAAGUCUUAGAGAAAGCAAAACAAAAAACAUCUCUGCUAGAAAAGCAGAGCCAAGGGCUUUCUCAAAAGAAGAAAUCGGUAUCUCAAAUUAGGAAUUUGGCAAUUACCCAGGAACCAAUAUCCACAACUCAAGACUUCAGGAAAGACAAAGAAAUAUCAACUGUAACAUCUAACCUUGAUAUUACGGAUAAGAAUUGUAAUGAAAACAUCCAGUCCAUAGAGGAUGUUCAACUGGAUACGCCUAAACGUCGAUCAUUAACUUUCAUCAAAGACAGACCUACACCUGGCAUCAGAAGGGUCACACUCUCUGGUUCUGAAGGAAAUGAAAAUAAUUCUGAAACUAGCUCAAAGAAAUCAAAUAAAUUUUGUAAUAAUAGUAAUAUAACAAAAUUUGAACAUCAAAACAAUAGAAAGGGUAAUCACCUUAUUCGUCACAGUAUCAGCUACUUGUACCGGAAAGGACAACUUGGUCAGGUAAUUAAGGAUAAACGUAAAACAAUUUCUUCACUCCCAAUUAAAGAAGAGCUGAGAAUAAUGAAUAAAAGAACAGAAAAUGAAUGUAAUUUAGCAGAAGGAAAUAAGAAGCAGAAAGCAACAACUCCAAAAAGUAGAAGAUCUAGACAAAAAAGUGUAUCUUUUUAUUUACAAGAUGAUAAACCAGACAUGUCUUCCCAUAAACUUCCAAAAACUUCAGUGAGGGAUUUAACAUUAAGAGAACGAUUGGAAGUUUGGCUAGAUAAUAAAGGACACAGUAGUUCCCAAUACCGACACCUACAUUGCUUUGGUCAUCAGCUUUCAGACUUCAAAAGAAAGAAGUCUCUUCCAAAAAGCCCAGCUCCUAAAGUAAUAUCUAGUAGGGUGGAAAAGGAGGAGAGUGUUGCACCAUCUGCUGACUUGCUGGGGAGCUCACCUUUGCUGAGGCCAAGAACUCCAAUGAAGUCAGUUGUUGAUGUUAGUGUGGAAAAAACUCUAACAGAAUUAAAAUCAUUAUUGGAAGAGGGUCACCCACCAUCAUACAUCAGCCGUUGGUUAGAUGAAAUUUGUAAACAUGUACCAUCUAGUGAGGACAGUGUACAGUUCUGGGAAUGUCGAGCUCUAGUUGCAGAAAAGAAGGGAGAUUAUGAAACUGCUGUUGAGAUAUUAAACACUGCUUUGGAUAAAGGAGUAGAGCCAGUAGAAGAUUUGAAGUCAAUAGUUUCUUCUUUGAGGGCCCGCAUUGCUUCACAGGAAGAAAAUGAACAUACAACAAAAGAAGAUAUGAUAGAAUUAAAUGGAACUCCAAAAUUAAUUACAGAUUUGUCAGCAAGUAAAAAGAGGAAAUCAAUGGCCACCACACCAAGGCAGCCUUUGGUAGACAAAGCUAAUGUGUUUGAGUCUACCUUGAUUCAGUAUAGUUUGUCUCAUCAUAAGCCCUUGUUGCAAAGAAUUUCCAAGAAUCUUGACGUUGAGGCAAUUGUGACACCUGUAAGAAGAUCAUCUCGUCUAUCUAUACCUUCCUUAUCCGGGAAAAGAACUCGGGAAACAUCCUUGAAUUCUUUGACUGAAUUACCAUUUGAAGCUAGACAGAAAGUCUUUUUUUAUCAUAAUGAUGCUCUUGGUGAACAAGAUUUUGAUUAAAUCCUUUGUUUAUUUCAGAUUUAUUUUUUAGAAUAUAAGAUUUCUUCAUAAUAAUCUGGUAUUUUUGUAUUGAUCAGAAUGGUUAAUACUUUUUUCCAAAAAAAUUCAUUUAUCAAUACUACUUGACCUAAUACCUCUUAGAAAACCAAAAUAGAGAAUUGUUUUUCUUUAAAUAGAUAAUUAGAUGUGUUUUUACUGAAAUAACUACUUUACCAAGAGUCUUCAUUGAUCUACAGAAGUAUCUGUUUGGUCUACUAAAAAGACAAGUUUUUUUUAAACCUAGACUGUUCAUCACAUGUGUUUCUCUCAACUUUUUCCUAUGUAAUUCAUGUACAGAGUAGUGUUUUGAAGAACAGGAGCAAUUUUUUUAUGAACUGAGUUAGAAAUAAUUUUUAUUUCUUCAAAAUAUUUUGUUAAAGUUAAUUGUUUAUUCAGCACACUUUUUCUUUUUUUAUGAAGUUAUAAGACUAUUACCACCUAUUAUUGUAAGACAUUAUUUAGGGCUUUUAUGUGAUUAGAAUUUUGUGCUUAGUAAAAUUUCCUUUAUGGUGUACUUUUGCAAUGCUUUUUUAUGAUCCAAGAUAUAUGAUACAUAAACUUUCCAGUUCUGUAGUGAAUGGACUUGUCCAAGUUCAAUUUCAUUUUUGUUGUUCAGUUAUUAAUAAUGUUGUGUAGAAGAAUAAUCACAAACAUAAGUGACUUUUGACAAUAAAUCUGAAACUAAUUACUUAAUGGUUAUAAAGUAUGUAUGGAAAUUUAGCUUUGUCAAUCCAAAUAAUUUUGUUCUCUUACUCACCAGUCUACAUAUUGUAGCUUCAUUUUUUUAUCACUAAAAAAUGUAGUGUUUGAUACA